AUGACCGCAAGCGACGCGAAGCCGCCGCAGGAUAAGGAGAGGCAGGGAACGCCGCCGCCGCCUCCGUACUCGCCCGUUACGCCAGGCAGGCCUCAGUCCUCCAGCACAACUCCCGCCGCCCCUGAGUCCACGAUAGCUGCGUCCCCGCUACCACCGGCUGCCUACCCGGCCCUCAGCAGCGUCUUUGAGUCCAUUCCCGCCGUCGUCGAUCGUGCCAGAUCGGCUCCGAACAAGAACGGAGCCGCCCCUGCUCUGCCACCACCGCAAUUCAUCAGGGAGCCAGCUCCAGUGCCUAUCUCUGAAAGCGAGAACCCAGACGCCAUCGCUCUUCGGUCCGCCAUCACCAUUCUCCAGAUACAGAAACAGCAGGCCCUGAGAGACAUUCAGACGCUGGACAAGUUAAAACAGGCCGCUGCUGAGGAUCCUCAUGCCUUCGCCAGCGAGUUUCUAGCCGGAUCUCUCCAGUCGGACGAGGGCGACUUAUUCCACCCUUCCCCGCGCAAGGAAAACAAUCAAGAAGAUACUGGAACGGAAAGCGGCCCAGAGGCAAUGGACGUUGACCAGGUGAAACCGACAAAUGAUAAUAGUAGUCCUGGCGGAAAUCAGUCAAGGAAGCUCAACAAAAUACCAAAGCCGCAGAAUAUCGUACGGAUGCCUGCUAUCAACUGGGCGAAGUACCACAUAGUUGGUGAACCUCUGGACAAAAUGCAUGAAGAGCAAAGAUUGAGACCUACGCUUGGCGAACCACGCCAUGAUACUCCGUCAGCGGCGUCUACCUCAAGAAGCCCAGAACACACUCUGGCAGCUCCAUAUCGGCCUUUUGUGGACAAAAUUGAACCUCAUGUCAAGUCUAGGAACGUUGGCAGAUGA